AUGCCCCCUCAUCCACGGACAUCCGUUCCUUGGGUCGGGUUCGGUCAACAAUCCUUUACCAAUUAUGAGAAAGUCCGGGACCACGCAACAGUAGCAUCAGUGCAUCACCACGUCACAACCGGCACUUUGACAUUCGAAUCGUCGAAGCCCAAUCACCUAUCAAUCACACAUAACAGCCUCGAUAUAAACACACAAUAA